GGCUGUUUGCCUGACGGACCGAGUACGGGUGCCGAGAGGGCUCUUGCGGAAGUCCAUGCGCCAUUGGGAGGGUUGCAGUGGCUUCCCUGUGUCCUUGUUACCCAGGGACUUUUCCUGGGUCAUUCCUAGAGCAGAAGCCGGACUGGGACUGACACCAGACUCCCGCGUGGCCGUCUCAGCGCCUGUGUGACCUCCUCGCUGGAGAGGAGAGAUGUGGCGUCUACGCCGGGCCGCCGUGGCCUGUGAGGUCUGCCAAUCUCUAGUGAAACAUAGCUCUGGAACAAAAGGAAGACUGCCACUACAAAAAGUACAUCUGGUUUCACGAAGUAUUUAUCAUUCACAUCACCAUCCUACCUUAAAGCUUCAAAGACCCCAACUCAGGACAUCUUUUCAGCAGUUUUCUUCUCUAACUAACCUUCCUUUACGUAAACUGAAACUUUCUCCAGUUAAAUAUGGCUUGCAGCCCCACAGGAAUUUUUGGCCAGCAAGAUUAGCUGCAAGGCUCUUAAAACUUCGGUAUCUCAUACUGGGAUCUGCUGUUGGGGGUGGCUAUACAGCCAAAAAGACUUUUGAUCAAUGGAAAGAUAUGAUACCAGACCUUAGUGACUAUAAAUGGAUUGUGCCUGACAUUGUUUGGGAGAUUGAUGAGUAUAUCGAUUUAGAGAAAAUUAGAAAAUCCCUUCCUAAUUCAGAGGACCUUGCAAAGUUGGCUCCUGACUUUGACAAAAUUCUUGAAAGUCUCAGCUUAUUGAAGGACUUUUUCACCACAGGUCACAAAUUGGUUAGUGAAGUCAUAGGAGCUUCUGACCUGCUUCUCUUGUUAGGUUCACCUGGAGAAACUGCAUUUAGAGCAACAGAUCAUGGAUCCGAAAGUGACAAGCAUUAUAGAAAGGGUCUGCUUGGUGAGCUCAUUCUCUUACAACAGCAAAUUCAAGAACAUGAAGAGGAAGCACGCAGAGCUGCUGGCCAAUAUAGCACGAGCUAUGCCCAACAGAAGCGCAAGGUGUCAGACAAAGAGAAAAUUGACCAACUUCAAGAAGAACUUCUGCAUACCCAGUUAAAGUACCAGAGAAUCUUGGAACGUUUAGAAAAGGAGAACAAAGAAUUGAGAAAAUUAGUGUUGCAGAAAGAUGACAAAGGCAUCCAUCAUAGAAAACUUAAGAAAUCUUUGAUUGACAUGUAUUCUGAAGUUCUUGAUGUUCUGUCUGAUUAUGAUGCCAGUUACAAUACACAAGAUCAUCUGCCAAGGGUUGUGGUGGUUGGAGAUCAGAGUGCAGGAAAAACUAGUGUGUUGGAAAUGAUUGCUCAAGCACGAAUAUUCCCACGAGGAUCUGGGGAGAUGAUGACACGUUCUCCAGUUAAGGUGACUCUGAGUGAAGGCCCCCACCAUGUGGCCCUGUUUAAAGAUAGUUCUCGAGAGUUUGAUCUUACCAAAGAGGAAGAUCUUGCAGCAUUAAGACAUGAAAUAGAACUUCGAAUGAGGAAAAAUGUGAAAGAAGGCUGUACUGUUAGCCCUGAGACCAUAUCUUUAAAUGUAAAAGGCCCUGGACUACAGAGGAUGGUGCUUGUUGACUUACCAGGUGUGAUUAGUACUGUGACAUCAGGCAUGGCUCCUGACACAAAGGAAACUAUUUUCAGUAUCAGCAAAGCUUAUAUGCAGAAUCCUAAUGCCAUCAUCCUGUGUAUUCAAGAUGGAUCUGUGGAUGCCGAACGCAGCAUUGUUACUGACUUGGUCAGUCAAAUGGAUCCUCACGGAAAAAGGACAAUAUUUGUUUUGACCAAAGUAGACCUGGCAGAGAAAAAUGUGGCUAGCCCAAGCAGGAUUCAGCAGAUAAUUGAAGGAAAACUCUUCCCAAUGAAAGCUCUAGGUUAUUUUGCUGUUGUAACAGGAAAAGGCAACAGCUCUGAGAGCAUAGAAGCAAUAAGAGAAUAUGAAGAAGAAUUUUUUCAGAAUUCAAAACUCCUAAAGGCAAGCAUGCUAAAGGCACACCAAGUAACUACAAGAAAUUUAAGCCUUGCUGUAUCAGACUGUUUUUGGAAAAUGGUACGAGAGUCAGUUGAACAACAGGCUGAUAGUUUUAAAGCAACGCGUUUUAACCUUGAAACCGAGUGGAAGAAUAACUAUCCACGCCUGCGAGAACUUGACCGGAAUGAACUGUUUGAAAAAGCUAAAAAUGAAAUCCUCGAUGAAGUUAUCAGUCUGAGCCAGGUUACACCAAAACAUUGGGAAGAAAUCCUUCAGCAAUCUUUGUGGGAAAGAGUGUCAACUCAUGUGAUUGAAAACAUCUAUCUUCCAGCUGCACAGACCAUGAAUUCAGGGACUUUUAAUACCACAGUGGAUAUCAAGCUUAAACAGUGGACUGAUAAACAGCUUCCGAAUAAAGCUGUAGAGGUUGCUUGGGAGACGCUACAAGAAGAAUUUUCCCGCUUCAUGACAGAACCAAAAGGAAAAGAGCAUGAUGACAUAUUUGAUAAACUUAAGGAGGCUGUUAAGGAAGAAAGUAUUAAACGCCACAAGUGGAAUGAUUUUGCAGAGGACAGUUUGAGAGUUAUUCAACACAAUGCUUUAGAAGAUCGGUCCAUAUCUGAUAAACAGCAGUGGGAUGCAGCUAUUUAUUUUAUGGAAGAGGCUCUUCAGGCUCGUCUCAAGGAUACUGAAAAUGCAAUUGAAAAUAUGGUAGGUCCAGAUUGGAAAAAGAGGUGGUUAUACUGGAAGAAUCGGACCCAAGAACAGUGCGUUCACAAUGAAACCAAGAAUGAAUUGGAGAAGAUGUUGAAAUGUAAUGAGGAGCACCCAGCUUAUCUUGCAAAUGACGAGAUAACUACAGUCCGAAAAAACCUCGAAUCCCGAGGAGUAACAGUAGAUCCAAGCCUGAUUAAGGACACUUGGCACCAAGUCUAUAGACGACAUUUCUUAAAAACAGCUCUAAACCAUUGUAACCUUUGUCGAAGAGGCUUUUAUUACUACCAAAGGCAUUUUGUAGAUUCUGAGUUGGAAUGCAAUGAUGUUGUCCUGUUUUGGCGAAUACAGCGCAUGCUCGCAAUCACCGCAAACACUUUAAGACAACAACUUACAAACACUGAAGUCAGACGAUUAGAGAAAAAUGUUAAAGAAGUAUUGGAAGAUUUUGCUGAAGAUAGCGAAAAGAAGGUUAAGUUGCUUACUGGUAAACGAGUUCAGCUGGCUGAAGACCUCAAGAAAGUUAGAGAAAUUCAAGAAAAACUUGAUGCUUUUAUUGAAGCUCUUCAUCAGGAGAAAUAAAUUGUAACAAAAUCCUACUCAGUAUCAUCACCUCUGCAUAUAUAUCUGAAGAAAGAAAACUGCAAAGUUGUUUGUCCUGCCUUUUUCCCUUCUGCUAUCACACCUUUCUAACCAUAAAAUAAAGUCAUGGGAUGAAAAUAA